GUUCCGAUGGACAAGCGAGGCUGGAUGGUAUCGCGCCUUGAAUAUGCUGAAGGACCGCUAUGACGAGCAGUACGAUGGGAGCACCAUGACCUGGGGUUGGUGGAGGGACAACAUAAAGGGUGCUGGGUCGGCAGUGGAUGUGACUUGCAACGAAUGUGGCUAUCGCUGUAAGAGCAGCUCAUUGAAACAUCUUCGAAAUGGCAGUGACCGCUAUGACGAGCAGUGCGAUGCGAGCCGCAUGACUUGGUGUUGGUGGAGAGACAACAUAAAGGGUGUUGAGUCGGCAAUGGACGUGACUUGCAACGAAUGUGGGCAUCGUUCCAAGAGCACAUCAUUGAACAGUCUGCAAAUGGGCAGGGACCGCUAUGACGAGCAGUACGAUGCGAGCUUAGCCAGCUCCUUCUGUUACUUUCUGUCCCAACGUGACCCUUCCGUUGACCUUUCGACUUGCUGGUCAGAGCUGGAGUUCUUCUCGCCCGACCAGGACCGCUAUGACGAGCAGUACGAUGCGAGCCGCAUGACUUGGGGUUGGUGGAGAGACAACAUAAAGGGUCGUGAGUCGGCAAUGGACGUGACUUGCAACGAAUGUGGCCGUCGCUGUAAGAGCAGCUCCACGAACAGAUUUCAACAGGGUCAAGCACCUGGAUGUCUUUGCAACAAGAAGACAGAAGCGAAGCUGAGACGUUGGCUGUGUGCGAAAUAUCCGGACUGCACCAUUACGUCGCAGGUGCGGGGAUGCACCAAUCCAGACACUCAGCGGCCCCUUCUGUUCGAUUUUGGCUUGUACCAGGACACUAUUUUGAUAGAGCUGGAUGGUGACAUUGGCCACUUCGGGCGUGGGUAG